CUGGCUGGAACGAGUGGUGACGCCCGUGAAUGACAGGGGGCGGGGGUUGCGAAGAAAUGAAGUCUAAAAUAAAACGGGAUAUUUUGCGCUGGGCCGCAGGGAAUGCCUUGGAGGAGAGAUGGCCACGGGACCUAGUUGGGUGGGCCUACGAGGCGAGCGAGGCGGGGCAGAUGGAGGCUUCCGGCAAGGGAGAGAAGCUGAGGAUGGUGGAGAGGGGGAGAGGAGAGAGAGUAGAGAAGGGGGGGGGAAGAAUAAGGAAUGAAUACAAAGGGGGGGGUUGUCGUGGGUGAGGAUGGUUCUGUCGUCGGGCAGUGGGUGUGUGUGUGUGUGUGUGUGGUCCGCUACGGCACGCCCACGACGACGACGACCACCAGGGCCUGUCUGUCUUGCGACGUUACGUCGACCAAUGUCUCUUGGUGACGGGAUCAGCACUAUGACAUCGGGGGGCCCAGUGGGUGUGCACGUGCCAAGUCGUCUGAACCCUGACGGGCUGCUGCGUCUGGUGCGGCGUCGUCCUGCACCGAAGGCGCCACUCACAGUAACUCGCGCUGCCCUCGGUCGCACAGCCGUUGGGGGAGAGGGUCCAGCACCAGCAUCUCCAUCGCUAUACGCUUACUUACGCUGCGCUUCACUCUUCAUCCUGCAGCCCACCAGUCGACCCGAUAGCCGCAUGCUGCUGACACUCGCCCGCCAUUCCACCGGCCCUCCGCGGUCGUGCCGUCUAGCUGUUACACUCGUCGUUCUUCCGCCGCCCAACUGACCCCGCUUAGGCACCAUGGCCCAGCGGUCUGCCCAACUCGCCGCUCUCACGGCCUCACAGUCGCGACUCGUCCGGUCAACAAUCGCUGUGCGGCCCGAAU